CUGGGAACCAAUCAGCGCGCGGCGUGGCUGUGUGUUUAUAUAGACACUCUCCGCACCGGCCGCGCCACUCGCAGACUAAUUUUUUUUAAUCUGCCAGGUACUCUCGCCAACAACCAUGUCCGAGACCGCACCGACCGCGCCUCCCGCUCCUUCUGCGGAGAAGACGCAAAUCAAGAAGCGAGGGAAGAAGCAGGUGGGCCUGGCGGGUGUGAAUCGCAAGACGCCAAGCCCGUCGGUGUCCAAGGUGAUCACGGAGGCCUUGUCGCUGUCCCAGGAGCGGGCGGGCAUGUCGCUGGCCGCGCUCAAGAAGGCGCUGGCGGCCGCGGGCUACGACGUGGACAAGAACAACAGCCGCAUCAAGCUGGGCCUCAAGAGCCUGGUGAGCAAGGGCACCCUGCUGCAGACCAAGGGCACCGGCGCCUCGGGCUCCUUCAAGCUCAACAAGAAGGCGGCCUCCGGGGAGGCCAAGCCCAAGGCCAAGAAGGCGGGUGCGGCCAAGCCCAGGAAACCCGCAGGCGCGGCUAAGAAGCCCAAGAAGCCCGCGGGGUCCGCCACCCCCAAGAAGAGCGCCAAGAAGACCCCGAAGAAGCCCAAGAAGCCGGCGGCGGCGGCGGGAGCCAAGAAAGCAGCCAAGAGCCCCAAGAAGGUGAAGGCCGCCAAGCCCAAGAAGCCGGCGAAGAGCCCGGCCAAGGCCAAAGCCGCCAAGGCCAAGGCGCCCAAGCCGAAAGCUGCCAAGCCCAAGAAGGCCGCCCCCAAGAAGUGAGGACCCGACUGACUCCGUGAAUACAAAGGCUCUUUUCAGAGCCACCCACGUCAUCCGACAAAGAGCUGGUGACACCACAUUCCCUGGAUGGGGUGGGAGGCGGCGGACCUGAGGCUGUUCUUAUGCGUUACGCCUGGUGCUUGGUGGUCUGUGUGUUAAGAGUAAGUACACGUUUACUUUCCCAGUGAAGGGGGCGCUAAAGUGCUUUUGGGGUUUAAGGUUGAGUGCCGCUCGCUUUUCCAGGGCUCCACUAUUUUGCCCUUGAGACCCAGCCAGGUAUCCAGAGAGGCCUUUACUGCUGAAUAGAAGUUGUGAUACCAUGUGAGAACUUGUGAAUCAAAAGUACACGAACUGGCAUGCACUUAAAAAAAAAAAAAAGGAGCUGUUAAUAAUUGUGAGGAUUAAACCAUUUCCCACUACA